AAAGGACCUUACAACACGGUGAAAACUCAGAAGAAGUCCGAAGGAAUGCAAAUCGUAAUGGCGGAAGGAGGAUGAGCAAUUUUGAAGUUCCCCCACAAAAACACUACGUUAUAUGGGUGAAAUGAAAAAUUGUAUAGAUGGAUAAAAACAGAAAGGAGAAACAUAAGCAACUCAAAGCUGUGGAGAAGAAGAUAAAUUUUGUUGAACGAGAUGAAGAUGAGAUGCCUGUUUUUAGUGGUGCUGUUUUACACGUCCUGUCCUCAAAUGGUCUGACAAACUGUAAUAAAAGUGGAAUAAUACAGAAAGGAAAAAUUAUAAAAAACAAUGAUAUGGGGAAGAAAGACAUUAAUUCAUUUGUUUUAUCGCAGGCAAAUAUCGAUAAUCCCCAAAAUAGGGACAGUUGUUAUUGUAACAAAAUGAAUGGGUUGGAUGCCAUGGGAAAUGGGGCUGAACAGAAUAGGAAUGAUCAAGAAUCUGGUACUCCUUCAAAGAGGCAAACAAGAAAAAUUCAAAAUGGUGGAUCUGAUGUCACUUUAAAUGGAUUUAACAGUUCUCCAGAUUCAAGCCCAGUCAAGCCUGAAGCAUGUGCAUGUAGCAAGACUGUUAACGGAGAUGUUCAGCACUUUUCAAAUGAGACAAAGACAAGCCCAAAAAGUCCAGCAGUUCGUCCAAAGUCUAUGUCCUGGAGUAGGAUGGUAAAACAAAGAAAGGAAAAUAAAAUGAAGGAAAGAAAUGGAAAAGGGAAUAAGAAAUCACACAAAAGAUACAUUUAUCCUGAAUUGUGUUCUAGUUCAGAGGAAAGUUCUGAUGAUAAUGUUAAAUCAUCUGAUAAAAUCUCAACACUUGAAGGGCACUGUGAUAAUAAUUACCAUAAAAUAAAAUCAAUGAAUAACCAAAGCUUGAAACUGUAUGGAAAUAACUUGGUUAGUAAAGAUGGUACCGAAAAGUUAUCAUUGGCUCAAUAUAUGAAACCUGUAACGGUACCGAUAAAUGGAGAAAACUGUCAUGCACAGAAUUUACCGACCUCUCAACCCGAUUUAACAUUAUCGAGGGUAGCACCCUUAGCUGUUCCUGAGGACAGUGAUACUGGACAUUCAUCAGUCUCAAGCUCAGAGGGAAAAAUGAAUGGAUCAGUCAUAGAAAAUAAUAUUACCAGAAGUAUGUCACAGGAAAAUAUAGACCAUGAACAAGUAAACACUGUUGAAGAGGGUGCAGUAGCGGGUCCUAGUAGUGCUGUCGAUCACAGAGAGAUGGAAAGAAAUAUUCUACCUCUCUAUAGAAAUCCUAGUAUUGAUAGUUUAGAGGAAGUAGGGGAUUAUAUAGAAACAGAUUUCCCAUCUAAAGCCAGUCGACUUUUAUUUCAGUCUAGUUCUCGUAGUUCUUCUCCAUCAACUGAUGAAGAAGAUGAAGGAUAUGGAGUUAAUAAAGCAAAAGAUAAGGUGCUUUUAAACUGUGAUGAAGUCGAACAGUCUUUUGAUCCUUCUUGUCCUCAGAAUCCUCCUAGUCAUAAUGUAAAUCCUGAUCACUUGAAGCUGAAAAUCCUUGAGCAUGUUGAGCAAAAUAGUCCUUCAGUGCAAAGGCCAAACUUUGAUAAUGUUAAUCAUGCUGCCCAUAGAAUUGCUAGGUUGAGUAGCGGUGCUGGAAGUGAAAGUGAAAAAGGUGGUGUCAUGGGUUCAGACUCGUCAUAUGUGUAUACACCUGAAACUGACUAUCAGGAAUUUAUAGACUCUGAUCUUCCAUCUUCAGAGGCAAACAAUCAUUAUGCCGGAAACAGUGAUAGAGAUUAUGCAAUGCCACCACUUGGCAGUUAUGCAGAAGAAUAUCUUGAUACUGAUUCCAAUUUAGGAGCAAGUAAUCACCUUGUUGGCGCAGAAGGCGGGGCUACUAAUAAUCUAAACCUUGAAGGUCGUUGUUAUCCUUUUGAUUAUAUUGACAGCAAUAUGGAGGUAUAUGAUCCUCAUUGUGAUCAGCGGGACGAUGACAAUUAUUUGCUUCGGGUUAUUUAUAAACAUGAAAAAGUACCCAUUGCUAAUUUUCAGGAUUCAGAUAGUAAUAAACAGGAAAAGAUAUUCUGUAAACUUUCUCUGGAUCGUGACAAUCGAUCGUUAUCUGGAUCUUCUGAGGAGGAAGAGAAUGCACUCCAUCAUUUCUGUCGUGAUACACCUGGUCUUGCCUCAUCUGCUCAGCAGACGAAUAAUGAUUGCUCAGAUUGUAUGGGUGUAGAAGAUUUAGAGAAUUUAACUCAUGCUCUGCAGAAUGCUGUGAUUAUGCACCUUCCCUCUAGGCUUGAAGAAUCAUCAGAGGAAAGUUGUGAAGACCCAAUAUAUGAAGAAAUAGACAACUUAGAUUCUUUUUUAUCUACUAGUGAUAACAGUCUGCAUGUUGUGGAAGAAGAACCUUGUCAUGGUUCUAUACCCAGAACUAAAGUUAAUACUCUUCCUAAGUAUGAGCGUAGAAGACGUAAAGGCCAUAGAGGAUCUGAUGUAGAUAAAGUGAUGAUCUGGAAUGAAUAUGAGGCAUAUGUUUUACAAGUCAAACAGAUUGGAACGUCUGCUUGUGGUCCUACAGCUGUUCUUAAUAUAUUGAAAGCUUUUGAUUAUCAAGUUGACAAAGAAGAAGUAUGUAAAAAAGUGACUACAAACCUGAGAAUGGAAGCUGCACCAGUCCCAUACUAUCUUUUCUCUAGAUACAAUGCAGGGACAACUGCAGCUAAUUUAAUAGAUGGGAUAACAAAGCUGACUAAAGGUACAAUAAAGGGUCGUUUCUUCCACUUCUAUCCUGCUAGAAAAGUACAACUAUUGAAAUGGUUGGGAUAUUGGAUGAGAAAAGGAGCUGUGCCAUUAGCAACACUUAAUCUACAAAGGGGAGUUAAGCCAGGAUGGACAAUCCCUGAUGCUUGGCAUCAUCAAAUGGUUUAUGGUGUUAGUUCUAAAGGUGUCCACUUAACAAAUCCACUGGAGAUUGUUCCAGAGGAGAUAAUAAUGGAACAGUUGACAAGUGAUUCAGUGUUAUUGAUACGGAGACAAGAUGUUGUAAACAGAUUCCGGGACUGGGCUCCACUCAAUGAAUUCCUGAAGAAAAAUGAUGACCGAUGGCAGACAAUGAAUGUUUUAGGUCAGGUUGUAAAUGUAUUGAGAGAGGCUUGUACGGCCCUGUCACACCAAGGACCCCGGUAUAGAGCACAGCUUACAUCGCAUAUAACGAUACCUGCUGCAUAUAAAGCUGGAAUAACAUUAUUUGUCCGACAGAAUACAGAAGUUUGCCAGGAAUUGUUCAAUGCACCUGAUUUAGAGCUGAUGAAUCCAGAAGAAACGGAAGAAGGAUAUUAAUAAUACAAAUUGUUAUUUAUAAUUUAAUUUAUGCAGUUUUUGGCCAGUUUAUGAGUUACUUUAUUCAACUAUUCCAAUCCCUGUGUCCAUUGGACUGAUAGUUUUUGUUAGGUUAUUCCUGGAAAAUUUAUGCCUUUAUUCAAAAUAGAACUAUUUUUUUCAUAUUCCAUUGAUACACAAUGGCUUUCUUUGUCUACUAUCUUUCACUUUGUUUAUAGUCACUGAAAAUAAUCUUACUUAUUAGGUACAAGUGGGAUCACUCCAUGACUAUCUUUAUUUUUGGUGCAUGCAUUUCUCAAUGCGUAAGAAAACAUGACAAAAUAGUUGCCUCUGAAUAUUUAUAUUAUUUGUUUUUUAUUUCUCAUUAUUAGGAGCUGUUUAAAUGAAAACUUGUGAAUAUACAUUUACAUUUCAAAAAAGUUAUAAAAUGUUACUUGUAUAAUGAAAUCAUAACUUUUUAUAAUUUGUGCAUAAUAUAUUUUAUAAAUUUCUUAAAUUAAAAUAUUGGUAGUGAA